GAAACCAAAACAAGCAAGAAAGCUAAAAAAGCCUGCUCUUUUUCUCUGACCAUUCCCCUUCCCCUUCCCCCCCUUCUCUUCCGGAUUCUCACCAAUUUUCCUUCUCCUAAAUCCAUUACUAUUCGCCAUUGCCAUUGCUUCUCAAAAAACCCCUCUUUUUCUUCUUCUUCUUCUUCCUUUUUUUUUUCCUCUCUCUCUCUCUCUCUUUGCUUUUACAACCCCCCACCAAAGAAAGAUUUUGGCUUCUAUCUACCCCUUUUUGCUUUUUCCAUGGAUUUCUGUUUCUAGACAUCCCCACUCUCUGUUUCUGUUACAAUGUCAAACAAAUGGAGGAAGGUGAAGAUGGCUCUUGGCAAUGGUAUGUGUCUUCAUCUUCCUCAAGUUGCUGGAGAUUCCACAACCUCUACUACCCAAUCCUUUUCUCCUUUGCCUCCUACUUCUAAUUGCCGCCAAUCCACGCCGACCCAUUCAGUCUCUAGUCCCCGCGUUUCCAAAUCAGGAUCAAGGUCUUCUAAGAGGUCCUGUGCAAUAUGCUUGACCACCAUGAAAGCAGGAAAUGGGCAAGCUAUUUUCACUGCUGAGUGCUCUCAUUCUUUCCACUUCCAGUGCAUUACCUCAAAUGUAAAGCAUGGGAACCAAAUUUGCCCUGUUUGCAGAGCAAAAUGGAAAGAAAUCCCUUUUCAAAAUACCAGUUCUGAUUGUGCUAGGCCUAGAACCAACCCGGCAGGAUUGGCCCCCGAUGAUCCAUGGAUGACGAUUGUUCGACGGAUGCCUCCUCCUCGCAGCAAUACAACUAGACAAAUCACCUCUCUUUUUCAUGGCCCUGAACCUGUAGCUUAUGAUGAUGAUGAAGUUUUAGAUCAACAACCUCAUGCCACAGAGAGAAACACAUCAAGUAAUGGUGCCAGUGUUCAUAGUUGCACUGAUAAAGUAGAGGUCGAAAUGUACCCAGAAAUUUCAGCUGUUCCAAGAUCAGUUUCUCAUGAUCAUUUCUCUGUGUUAGUCCAUGUCAAGGCUCCUCUCUCCAUUGCAACAGUAAAUAACUCCAGAAAUCAGGCUGUAUUGCCUCCAUUGAAUCAACCUUCUCGUGCACCAGUUGACCUCGUAACUGUGCUUGAUGUUAGUGGCAGUAUGGCUGGCACCAAACUUGCUCUACUCAAACGUGCAAUGGGUUUUGUUAUCCAGAAUCUCGGCCCUUCCGAUCGACUUUCUGUUGUAUCAUUCUCCUCGACUGCUCGUCGCCUUUUCCCACUUUGUCGAAUGACAGACCUUGGACGACAGCAGGCAUUGCAGGCUGUUAAUUCUUUAAGAUCAAACGGUGGGACAAACAUUGCUGAAGGCUUGAGGAAAGGUGCCAAGGUGUUGGUGGACCGCAAGUUGAAGAACCCUGUUGGUAGCAUUAUAUUACUCUCUGAUGGGCAGGAUACAUACACUUUUAACGGUCCUAGCAGUGCUCGUUCUCAAAUAGAUUAUCAAUCCCUCCUUCCAGUUUCAAUCCAUCGCAGUAACCGAUCUGGAAUGCAGCAGAUUCCGGUGCAUGCGUUUGGCUUUGGCGCCGACCACGAUGCUGUGACGAUGCACACAAUUUCUGACACAUCCGGUGGCACGUUUUCAUUCAUAGAAACUGAAAGCACCAUCCAGGAUGCAUUUGCUCAGUGCAUUGGUGGCCUGUUGAGCGUGGUGGUGCAGGAUCUGCAAGUUGAAGUGAGAUGCAUUCACCCAAGUUUGCAGCUUGGCUCGAUACGGGCAGGAAGUUACCAAGCCAGCAUCUCAGAACGUGCAAGACUAGGCUCCAUUUUCUUUGGAGACCUGUAUGCUGAAGAAGAGAGGGAUUUUCUGGUGACACUCAACAUUCCGGUUGAUGAGUUUGGAGGUGAGAUGCCAUUACUCAAAGUUAAAUGCAAUUACAACGACCCCAUUACCAAAGAGCCAAUUACUUUAGCAAAUGAAAGUGCGGUUCAAAUACUGAGGCCAGAUACUGUAGGCGAACAAGUAGUGUCAUUGGAAGUAGACAGACAGCGAAAUAGAUUCCGUGUGGCAGAGGCAAUAUCUAAGGCCAGAGUUGCCGCGGAGCGUGGUGAUUUAGCCGGUGCAGUCUCUGUGUUGGACAAUUGUUACAGAACUGUGUCUGAAUCAGCAUCUGCUCAAGCUGGUGACCAAUUAUGUGCUGCUCUUUGCGCUGAGCUGAAGGAAAUGCAGGAGAGAAUGGCAACUCGCCACAUCUAUGAGUCCUCUGGACGAGCUUAUGUGCUGUCAGGAUUGAGCUCGCAUUCAUGGCAGAGAGCAACUGCUAGAGGGGAUUCAGUGGACAUGGGAAGCGCAGUGCAAAGUUACCAAACGCAGUCGAUGGUAGACAUGGUGUCUCGUUCUCAGACCAUGAUACUAGGGCCGCCACCGUCUCAAAGAACACUUCGUCCCGCUCAUUCUUUUCCGGUCAGAGCACCCCAACCUUCGCCACCACAGUAACUUGUAAUGAUGAAUGAUAAGGGGAAGCUGAGCUAAGCUCAAAAGGCCCUUCAAUUUCAACCAACGUUUUGCUUUUUCUUCAUGGUUUUAAGUAAUAUUUUUUUAGCAUUUUCUCUGAAUUAGUUUUAGAGAGAUGAUAUUUAUUUAUUUGAUUUUAUAAUGUUCUUAGGCUUUUCAUUCUUAUGGAUGGAUGGCUUUGAAAAGAAAGCAGAAUAAGGCAUGAUGAGGGUGCCAUAAAAAAAAGGAGCUUGUUUAUAUAAAAUAGUGUGUGGGAAAACAAAUUCUCAUAUUAUUUUCUUUUUCUUUUUCUUUUUGGAAAGAUCAAUUAUUAGGUAAGAAGAAGAGAAAGUUAAAAUGAUGAGUGCAGAAUAGUUUUUUAA